AAUCAACUUCCUGUCGCCGUGUUAUCGUUUUAUCCAGUUAGCUCAUUAGCCAACUGGGUUCUUUGGAACAGAAAUAAAAAAUAUUUGCAGCUAAGGCGGGGGACAGGCGAAGUUUCGUGCAGAGAGUGCAGAAAGCUUCACAGCGUACUUGGUGUCUAUGCGGAGCUUACGAUGUGUGAGGGAGUCGGGUGUGGUGUUUUUUGGUCGUUUAAGUGGCAUUUUUGUGCAGCGAACGACGGGGAGAUUAGCUAGAUGAAAAGCUUUAGCUUGCGACGCCUUGUUGCUAGGCAACAGAACCCGUCACCGGCUGAGAAUAUAGAGUAAGCACCAUGUUGGUCCCCAUAUUCACUCUGAAGCUGAACCACAAGAUUAACCCUCGCAUGGUGGCUAUUGGACAGUUUGAUGGAGUACAUCCAUGCCUUACUGCUGCCACGCAGGCUGGAAAGGUUUUUAUCCACAACCCCCACGCUCGUGGCCAGAGACCUGUGGCUCAUCGACUGAGCCAGAGUGCCCAGGACUCUGAUAUUUCUCUGCUCAACAUCAAUCAGGCAGUCACUUGCUUGACUGCAGGAAAACUGGGACCAAAUACCACCAGGGACACACUGUUAGUGGGUUCCCAGACAAACCUGUUGGCCUAUGAUGUCCAUGACAAUGCUGAUAUAUUUUACAGAGAGGUGACAGAUGGAGCCAAUGCUAUUGUGUUGGGGAAACUUGGGGACAUCCCCUCUCCUCUUGCCAUUAUUGGAGGGAAUUGUGCCUUGCAAGGUUUUGACUAUGAAGGCAAUGACCACUUUUGGACAGUAACUGGAGAUAAUGUCAGGUCUCUGGUGCUCUGUGACUUCACUGGAGAUGGGAAAAAUGAGCUCCUGGUGGGAUCUGAGGAUUUUGACAUCAGGGUAUUCAAAGAGGAUGAACUUGUGUCAGAGAUGACUGAAAAUGAGACAGUAACAUCUUUGUGCCAUAUGCACGGCAGCAGGUUUGGCUAUGCCCUGGCUAAUGGCACUGUUGGUGUGUAUGACCGUGCUGCCCGCUACUGGAGGAUCAAGUCUAAGAAUCAUGCAAUGAGCAUCUUUGCCUUUGACUUGAAUGCUGAUGGGGUUGUGGAGCUCAUCACUGGCUGGUCCAAUGGAAAGAUUGACGCUCGCAGCGACCGGACAGGUGAGGUCAUUUUCAAAGACAACUUCUCCUCUUCUGUGGCUGGAGUGGUGGAAGGAGACUACAGGUUGGAUGGACAGAAACAACUCAUCUGCACCUCUGUAGAGGGAGAGGUUCGUGGUUAUUUGCCAGCCAGUAAAGACCUAAAAGGGAAUCUCAUGGACUCCAGUGCUGAGCAGGACCUCAUUCGAGAGCUCAGCCAGCGCAGACAGAAUCUGCUGCUUGAGCUACGCAACUAUGAGGAGAAUGCUAAGGGUGUGUCAGAGACAAACAGUGGGAUGGGUGUCAUACCGGCCAACACUCAGCUCCAGACAGCGCUGUCAGUGAAACCUGCCACAGAGUCCCAGAAAGCUCAUGUAGAGCUCAGCAUUUCAACACCAAAUGAAACCAUUAUCCGUGCAGUGCUCAUCUUUGCAGAGGGCAUAUUUGAGGGUGAGAGUCACGUUGUCCACCCCAGUGCCCAAAACCUGUCUGGUUGUGUCAGAGUCCCCAUUGUACCACCUAAGGAUAUACCGGUGGAUCUGCACAUCAAAGCCUUUGUUGGAGGGAGAACUAGCACCCAGUUCCAUGUGUUUGAAAUCACUCGUCAGCUGCCUCGCUUCUCUAUGUAUGACCUCACAUUUGACUCCUCAGCUGCACAGCCCACUGGAAGAGUCGCCUUCAGCAUCAGUGACCGACCACAGAGGGUGGUAAUGUGGCUGAAUCAGAAUUUCCUGCUUCCAGAGGGAGUGGAGAGUCCCGAUGUUACCUUUAAUUCACUAAGAGGAGGGGGGCUAUUGUCCUUUAGCAUGGCCAGCAAUGGACAGAUUACCAUAAGAACUGACGAUAUUGACCUAGCAGGAGAUCUGAUCCAAUCACUAGCCUCCUUCCUGGCAAUUGAGGACCUGUCAGCAGAAGCAGACUUCCCCACAUACUUCGAGGAGCUACGCACUACCCUCACUGAGGUGGAUGAGUUCCAUUCUGUCCAUCAGAAAUUAACUGCAGCUAUGGCUGACCACUCCAACUACAUUAGGAACAUGCUGGUGCAAGCAGAGGAUGCUCGCCUUAUGGGUGACAUGACAACUAUGAAGAAGCGCUACAGAGAGCUGUAUGAUCUAAACAGGGAUCUUAUCAAUGAAUACAAGAUCCGGUCUAACAACCACAAUGCCCUUCUGGCUUGUCUCAAGUCUGUCAACCAGGCCAUACAGCGAGCUGGUAGGCUCCGAGUGGGUAAGCCCAAGAACCAAGUGAUCUCUGCCUGCCGAGAUGCCAUCAAAAGCAAUAAUGUCAACGCGCUUUUCAGGAUCAUGAGGGCUGGCACAGCAUCCUCCUGAGGGUGGAAGGAGGAAUGAUGCGGGAACGGACCACAGACGUUCAGUCAGUACUCGUGAUAACUGUGAUGUGACCAGCAAGUGCGUUUUUACUCAGAUGAUGAGCUUGGAACGAGAAAAGCAGAAGAAAGUAGGAGUCUGAAAUGGGGACACUGUUGUGGCCUUAAUCCAAGACUUAAUCCAUGACUCAGUUUUAAGCAGCAGCAUGGCAGCAACACUGGGCACCAGCUCAUUGAAACUUGAAGUUCUGCUAACAGAAAUAUAAUGGUGACCACAGACUUAUUGCAAAAUUGUCAUCCAUGAUAGUCUGGCUUUUUGGAAGGGCUUCAGUUAGUGCAGUACAGUUUAUCUAAACUGCCAGAUGUAACGUAGGUGUGAGCAGCUAUUGAUCUCUUAAAGUACACUUUCUGAUAGCUGUGUUAGUCAGACUGAAAGGAUUGAGUGUGAUGCCAAUUUCACGUGUUUGUGGUGAGCUAUCCAAACUGUUCCCGGAAAUUUGGAGAACACGACCGUGCUGGAUCGGUACCCCGACUGUUUAAUUCAGCUGACUCAGUGAUGUUUAGAAAGAGCGCAGCUGGAGCGAGACUGAGCGGCUUUCCUGUUGUAAAGCCACUGGUGGCGUGGACAGUCACACCCGGUCUCUGCUCUCAGCUGCCGUGUGUUUGUGUGGCGUUUGUAGCCAAAGAAAACUAUUUAACUUGUUUACCUUUUGUAGACUGUACUCAGAAACUGCACAUGUAAUUUUGUGUUUGUGGAAAUAUUAU